AGUGGCGGUCAAGCAGUACAACUUGACAACCAACAUGACAAAGAAGUCGAGCAUCUGCGUGAUGUCAUAGCAUACUGGCCAAUCAUAGUGCAACGUCGAAGAUGGCGGAAUCGAUGAUGAGCUUCAGGAGCUCUCGAGAGUUAUGGACCAUUCUCCUGGGACGUUCUGCGCUGAGAGAGCCAGCCCAGAUAGAAUCGGAGCUGGAAACACACUGGGAGCGACUGCAUCAAGGCCUGAGCUACUACAAGCCACCCAGCUCCGCCUCGGCCAGCAAAGUGAAAGAGAAGAAAGAUGUCGCAGAGCCGCUGAAGGAUUUUGGUCUCAGGCUCAGUAAGCUCCUGGGCCUGGAUGAGUUGCAGAGUGUGCAGCUGCUACAGUGCUACUUGCAAGAGGACUACAGAGGAACCCGUGAUUCUUUAAAGGUUGUGCUAAAAGACGAGCGGCAAAGCCAAGCAUUGCUGCUCAAGGUAGCAGACUAUUACUACGAGGAGCGCAUGUGUCUUCUCCGCUGCGUCCUCCUGUUGCUGACAUAUUUCCAAGAUGAGCGACAUCCCUACAGGGCCGAAUAUUCUAACUGCAUCAAUAAGUUGGAGAAGGACCUGGUCAGCGGCUACCAGGCUCAGUUCCAAAGCCUCUUCAAAGCUGAGGCACCCACGUGGGAAACCCACGGAAAUCUCAUGACGGAGCGGCAGGUGUCACGCUGGUUCCUGCAGUGCCUGCGUGAGCAAUCGCUGCUGCUGGAGAUCGUCUUCCUGUACUACGCCUACUUUGAGAUGAGCCCGGCCGACUUGCUGGCCUUCACCAAGAUGUUCAAGGAGCAGGGCUUCGGUCUGCGGCAAACCAACAGGCACCUGGUGGAAAAGAGCAUGGACACGCUGGUCGAUCGCAUUGGCUACUUGAGCUCUCUCAUCCUGGUUGAGGGCAUGGAUGUAGACUUUCUUCACAAGUGUGCACUGGAGGACUGCACAGAGCAGCAUCAGUUUUCCAGUGUUCCCGACAUUGUCAAGGAGAUGGACCAGCUACUGUUGACCUUUGGGGACAUCCCCCACCACGGACCGGUGCUUUUAGCAUGGGUCCUGUUGCGCCACACGCUCAGACCUGAAGAGUCUAACCCUGUGGUUCGGAGGAUCGGCAGCACCGCCUUGCAGCUAGAGGUCUUCAAGUACCUUGCUACCAUGCUGAAAGGCCUGGGAGUUUCGGGGAAUAAUUGCACAGCAAGCACAGCCAAGAUGUGCAUCUACGGCCUCUUGUCGUUCGUCAUCACAUCUUUCGAAGAAGAAAGCCUACAGACUGGAAGCGCAGGGUCGCAGAGCUCCCACCUGAUUGAUGCCGCCUGCGAGGUCCUCUCUGCACCCAGCCUGGCCGAAGUCUUCUGGGAAAUGAAGCCCAACAUGGGUUUGGGAAUGAUCCUUGACAGCGCCAUCGGGAUGUUCCCUCACAAGAUCGCACCGCUUUUACAGCUCCUCACUGCGCUGCUGUCUAACAAGUUCACUGUUAAGAAGGUGUACAACUUUUUGGAUAAGAUGUCCUUCUACACGCAAGUUUACAAGCAUAAGCCAAAUGACAUCAUCGCCAAGGAGGACGAGACAUUAUGGAGGAGACAGACUCCCAAACUUCUUUACCCGCUCAGUACGGGCCAGACCAACCUGUGGAUGCCGCAAGGCAUUCUAGGCCAGGUGAUGAUUGGCAGCGAUCAGGGUUACGUGGUGCGCUGGGACUACUCGUACAGCUCCUGGACGCUGUUCACGUGCGAGGUGGAGAUGCUGCUCCAUGUUGUGUCCACCGCAGAUGUCAUGGCGCACUGCGCCCGAGCCAAGCCCAUCUUGGACCUGGUGCACAAGAUCAUCAGCACCGACUGGACCGUUUCAGACUGUCUGCUGCCCCUCACGUCACGCAUCUACAUGCUUCUGCAGAGGUUAUCGUCAGUCAUCAACCCUCCGGUGGAUGUGAUAGCCUCGUGCGUCAACUGCCUGUCGACGCUGGCCGCCAGGAUGCCCGGCAAGGUGUGGUCCAGCCUGCAGCGCACGGGUUUCCUCCCAUUCUCCUCCAACCCCGUGAGCAGCAUGGCCCAGUGUGUCAGCGCGGAGGGCAUGAAAGCGGGAAACUACGGCAACCUGCUGGUCCAGAUUGAGCAGCCCAGAGGGGAGUACGCCGUGACCAUGGCAUUCCUCAAGUUGGUCACCACCCUGGUCAAGGGUCAGCUGGGCAGCACUCAGAACAAAGGACUCAUUCCUUGCGUGCUGCUGGUGCUGAAGGAGAUGCUGCCUACCUACCACAAGUGGCGCUACAACGCCUACGGCGUCCGAGAGAGGAUCGGCUGUCUCAUUUUGGAGCUCAUCCACGCCAUCCUUAACUUGAGUCCAGAGGGGGAGGACCAGGGCAGCAUGCCAACAUUGCAGUCGCUAUGCAUCUAUAGCCUGGCCAACACAGAGGCCGGGCAGGCCGUGGUCCACAUCAUGGCAGUGGGUGUGGACAAGAUCGACAUGGUUCUGGCCGCUCAGCCCAGCAGCUGCGGCUCCGAGGGUCCGGGCCAGGUCCUGAUCCAGAUGGUCAAGCUGGCCUUCUCGGUCACCAACAACACCAUCCGCCUCAAGCCGCCUUCUGAUGCGGUGUCGCCUCUGGAGCAGGCCCUGACACAGCACGGCGGCCACGGCAACAACCUAGUAGUCGUGCUCGCUAAAUACAUUUACCACAAGCACGACCCAGCACUGCCCAGGCUCGCCAUCCAGCUCCUCAAGCGCCUAGCCACAGUGGCCCCCAUGUCCGUCUACGCCUGCUUGGGCAGCGACGCGGCAGCCAUCCGCGACGCUUUCCUCACGCGGCUGCACAGUAGAACGGAAGACAUGAGGAUCAAGGUGAUGAUCCUGGAAUUCCUGACGGUCGCCGUGGAAACGCAGCCGGGACUCAUCGAGCUCUUUCUCAACCUGGAAGUGAAGGACGGCAACAGUGGCUCCAAGGAGUUCCUGUUGGGCGAGUGGAGCUGCCUGCAUGUGGUGCUGGACCUGAUCGACUCCAAGCAGCAGGGCAAAUACUGGUGCCCUCCACUACUUCACCGCGCCGCCCUGGCCUUCCUGCUGGCGCUGUGGCAGGACCGCCGAGACAGCGCCAUCUCCGUCCUGCGCACCAAAGACAGGUUUUGGGAGAAUUUAACCACACCCCUUUUCGGAACACUGGCGCCACCUUCAGAUACCACUGAGCCUUGUGUUCUGGAAACAUGCGCUUUUGUCAUGAAAAUCGUCGGCCUGGAGAUCUUUUAUGUCCACAGCGGCUCGCUGGAGCCGUCACUGAAGGACGGCCUGCAGAGGUUCGCCAACGCGCGGCAUUACGAGUAUUGGUCUCAGUAUGUCAAGUCGCUGGUGUGCCACGCGGCGGCCAUGGAGGACGAGGGGGUGUGCUACUUCCCCGAGCAGACGCACAUGCUGAUCCUGGCCUGGCGGAUGCUUCUCAUCCUCGCGACCACCCACUCCGACGUGAUGCACCUGACUGACAACCAGACGAAGCUGAAGCUUUUUAUGGACGUGCUGGAUGCCACCAAAGCCGCCCUGACCAGACCCAUGUCUGUGCCGUGUCUCCGCCUCGGCUCCAUGACGGCCACGUUGCUCCUCAUCCUUCUCAAGCAGUGGAGAAGCGUGGUGGCGACCGCUCCCGACAUCCUGUUGCCGCUUUCGCUCAUGCUGGAGUGCGUUCUACAAGUCGACCAGCAGAUGAUGGACAGGACCAAAGCCAAAAUCCUGUCAGCGCUCAUCUCCGUGCUGCAGAUCCAAGGUGGUGAGGUGUCGCUGCUGCCCCAGCUGCUAUUGUGUGUGUGCGAGACAGUGAAAGACGAAGCGCUGUCGCUGAGGGACAGCACUCGUCAUCUGCAACACUCGGCGGAACCUCUGAAGGACGAUGACAGCAUGGAGACCGACGUCCCCCGCGGCCUCCACAAAGACCAUAAGGAUGGGGUGUGUGUGCUGGCGCUGCACCUGGCCAAGGAGCUGUGCCGCACUGACGAGGACGGCGAGCACUGGGUGGCCGUGAUGCGGAAGGUUCCAGUGCUGCCGUCUGUGCUCACCGCCAUGGAACUCAGUCUACGCUCCAAACAGAACCUCUACUUUACCGAGGCCGCCUUGCACCUGCUGCUUACACUGGCCCGCACGCCGCAGGGUGCAGCAGCUGUGGCCGGAGCAGGAGUCAUCCAAACAAUAUGUCUGCCUCUCCUCAGUGUCUAUGAAGUCUGGAACAACGGCGCGUCACAGAGUUUCAGCCGUAAAUCUCAAGACUGCGCGUGCUGGCCUGGUGUCUACCGCCUGUGCGUGUCCUUGAUGGAGAGUCUGCUCAAGACUCUGCGCUACAACUUCAUCAACGAGGCGCUUGACUUUGUGGGUGUGCACCAGGAGCGCAUCCUGCAGUGUCUGAACGCCGUGCGCACCGUGCAGAGUCUGGCAUGUCUGGACGAGGCCGACCACACCGUCGGCUUCCUGCUGCAGCUCUCCAGCUUCUCCGAAGAGUGGCAGUUCCACCUGCCCAAGCUGCUCCAUGACGUCCAGGUGAAUCUGUGCUACUUGUGUCAGACUUGCACGUACCUGCUGCACAGCAAGAAGAUGCUGCACCACUACCUCCAGGCGAAGAAUGGCGAGUCGUUGCCCCCCGGCCCCCUCCCCAGGACGCAGCGCCCCCCACAAACGCCGUCCAAGGAGUUGCAGCCAUCCACUCCCGUGGCGUCGGCUCGAUGCGAGCGGGACGAAGUAGAGCAGAAGGCUGUGUUGGCCGUGCAGUGCGCCCUGCUCAAAAUCCUCAGCAAGACUCUCGCCAGCCUGCAACAUUUCACUCCCGAUUGCUGCCAAAUCAUACUGGAUCAGUGCAUGGAUCUGUCGCCGUACCGCACGCUGUUUGCUUUGAGCUUCACGGCCCCAGCCUUUGAUCCAGACGUGUCUCCAUCCUUCGGGACCUUGCUGGCCACGGUCAACGUGGCGCUCAGCAUGCUCACCGAGAUGGAGAAGAAGAAGGAGGCGGCCUCGCUCAGCAUUGUCUCUCUCGCCUCUUCUGAGGAGAUCCAGGCUCUUAAGUCCCUGCUGAUGUUCACCAUGGAGAACUGCUUCUACGUGUUGGUGUCACAGGCAUUGCGCUGCCUCAAAGACGCAACCAUCUCACCGCGAGACAAGCAGCGUCUCAAGCAGGAACUCAGCUCUGAGCUGAGCACCCUCCUGUCCAGCCUCUCGCGUCACUUCCGCCGCGGCUCGCCAUCAUCCCCGGCGGGCAUCGGCGGCGUAGCAAUCCUGCCGUGCCCGCCGCAAGCCAAGCCGACCACGCCGGGCUCCAAGGGAGCCCAUGAGGGCCAGGAGCCCAUCAUCCAACUGGUGCAGGCCUUUGUGCGAUUGGUGCAGAGAUGAACGAAA